AUGGAAUAUACUCCACAACAGUUAAACUAUUUUAGAAUAUGUUAUAUCGCCUUCAACUUGGUCCCCGAAGGACUUCGGAAAGUUUUCAAACAAGAGUGGAAUUUCCUUUACAUGACAACCCCAUUUGGGGAAUGGAAAGACAUUCCACAAAAUGGCAGCGAUUUCUACAACAACGAAACGGGGAAAAGUCGCAAAAAGAAUGCUCGAUAUUUUGCGACAAUACAAAAGGGAAACACAGCAGAGUGGGACUGCAGUUGUCUACUUUUUGCGAUAUUGUUCUCGGAUAGUAUUGGCACCACUCUGAGUUCGACGAUCAGAAAAGAGGUGGACGUUCUUCGACAGGUGCGAAACGACAUCGCUCACAUAAACGAGGUUGAACUUACUGAUGCUGAAUUCCAAAAUUAUGUAGCAAGAAUGAUAGCUGCAUUCACAUCUUUGAACCUCUCAACUGAUGAAAUCGAGGAUGUUAAAAACCAGAGCAGCUUUCCCACAGCAGAAGUAAAAAGCUUAAAGUUAAAGGCUGAUGGACUUAAAGCUGAUUUAAAAGCGAAAAAUGAAGAAGUUAAAAAUCUAAACUCCGACUUACAAUUGACCCAAGACACAUUACAGACCAAGCAGGAAGAAGUAGAAACCCUCACUCAGGAAAUCAAUUCCAAAGUCGAGUCUUUCUGUAGUCUUACAUUCAAGCCACCGCACCAAAUCAUCAGACGUUCCAACGAUGUCACAAGAAUCAAGAUCAAGCUGGAGGAACUUUAUAAUGAAAGCAAAGGAGCUAUCAGCACCAUUUAUUUAUCAGGAAUUCCGGGCUGUGGCAAAAGUCAAUUUGCUCGUCAAGUGGGACAGGAAGUGUACGACAAAAGUUUGCGAGAAGACGAAGGUCUAACUUUUGUUUCAACUCUGAAUGCAGAAACCCUUGACUCACUUGCCGACUCCUAUUUCAAUCUAGCUAAACAACUGGGAGUUACGGAAUACGCUCUGACCAACCUGGCAACCUCCACGAAGGUCGACUCAAGUGAAAAAAUUCAACAUUUGAUGCGUUUUAUUUCUCCAAAGGUGAAACAAUUUUCUGCCUGGCUGAUUAUUGUAGAUAAUGUUGUUGACCUAUCCAUGGUUCGUAGUUAUCUGCCUCCAACCGCCAGUGAAGAGUGGGGUCAUGGUCAAAUGAUAGUAACCACUCAAGAUACCCAGUCCAUACCCUUCAAUUCUCCUUAUACUUACCAUGAGUCUCUCAGUAAAGGAAUGCACCCAGAUGAUGCAGUAGACCUUUUAAGGGAAGUGUCCCAAAUUUCGAAUCAACAACAAGCUGAGGAGGUUGCUGAAGUUCUCGAGUAUCAGCCACUUGCCUUGGCAGCUGCUGCAGUCUACGUGCAAACAAUUGUCAGCUAUGGUACCCCUAAUUAUGGUUGGACAAAAUACCUGGAAACAUUGAAUAGCGAGGAACGCGAAGCCAGAGAAGAGCUUUUCGCGAAAAAAAACAGAGCAUAUCCCAAAACAACGGCUACUGCAAUCAGAAUGGCAAUAACUCGAGCUUUGGAAAGCGACAAAGUUCUUUUUGAAGUAUUUUGUUUGUUUUCGCUGUGCGCAUUUGAUUCUCUACCUAUUGAGGCUGCAGUUGACUUUGUUAAAUUUCGUAACAAACAACAAAAAGAAGAAUUUAUCAGAGCUAAAAUUCUGGAAUCCACCAUGAUAACUUGCUUGUAUGAUGUUGACGGAACACCCACUUACUUAAGAGUACAUAACGUUGUUCAUGAAGUGCUUAAGUCCACUGUAACAUCACUCCUGAACCGCACACAUAAAGCUGAGUACUUUUCUGUCGCUGUUAAGAUUUUCAGUUCAUUAAUUGAAGACAACAAGAAGCUACUACUUGCAAGUGAGAGUACGUGCAUCAAGUUAAGACUAACUACCAGACAUUGUAAAGCGUUAUAUCAACAUUUCAAGACCAAUUUUACCGACACAGAAUUAACAAAUAAUGAAUUAUUCCGCUCCAUAGCACCUAGAAAUUUAAUAUCCUGGCUUUCCUCAACUGCUGAAGUCAGUCGCGACUUAAGUAAUAUAUCGGACGCUCACCUCUUUUGUACAUUAUGCUCUGAUUUUGUAAAUUAUCUUGAUGACGACCUAACAGAUAAGCUGGAAAAGGCGAAUUAUUUUCAAGUGCAAGGCCUUGUUUCCAAGGAUCUUCACCAGAUUAAUCAAGCUAAAGAAUACUAUGAGAAGUCUCUUGCCAUUAAAAAAGAGAUUUAUGGUGAACACCAUGGUGCCGUAGCGGCAAGUUACAACAACCUGGAAACUGUUUAUAGCGACCUUGGUCUGUACAAUCAGGCUAAAGAAUACCAGGAGAAGUCUCUUGCUAUUAGAAAAGAGAGUUACGGUGAACACCAUGAUGCCGUAGCGGCAAGUUACAACAACCUCGGAAAUGUUUACAGCGCCCUUGGUCAGUACAAUCAGGCUAAAGAAUACUAUGAGAAGUCUCUUGCCAUUAAAAAAGAGAUUUAUGGUGAACACCAUGGUGACGUAGCGACAAGUUACAACAACCUGGCAACUGUUUACAGUGACCUUUGUCAGCACAAUCAGGCUAUAGAAUACCAUGAGAAGUCUCUUGCCAUCCGAAAAGAGAUUUUAGGGGAACACCAUGCUGCCGUAGCGAGAAGUUACAACAACCUGGGAACUAUUUACAGUGACCUUAAUCAGCACAAUCAGGCUAAAGAAUACCAUAAGAAGUCUCUUGCCAUCAGGAAAGAGAUUUAUGGUGAAAACCAUGGUGGCGUAGCGACAAGUUACAACAACCUGGCAACUGUUUACAGUCAACUUAAUCAGCACAAUCAGGCUAAAGAAUACUAUGAGAAGUCUCUUGCCAUCAGAAAAGAGAUUUAUGGUGAACACCAUGGUCAGGUAGCGGCAAGUUAUAAUAACCUGGGAACUGUUUACAGUCACCUUGGUCAGUAUAAUCAGGCUAAAGAAUACUAUGAGCAGUCUCUUGCCAUUGGAAAAAAAAUUUAUGGUGAACACAGCAGUGACGUAGCGACAAGUUACAAGAACCUGGGAACUGUUUACAGUGACCUUGGUCAGUACAAUCAGGCCAUAGAAUGCCAUGAGAAGUCUCUUGCGAUCAGAAAAGAGAUUUAUGGUGAACACCACGGUGACGUAGCGGCAAACUACAACAACCUGGGAACUGUAUAUAGUGACCUUGGUCAGUACAAUCAUGCUAAAGAAUACCAUGAGAAGUCUCUUGCUAUUAAAAAAGAGAUUUAUGGUGAACACCACAGUGCCGUAGCGACAAGUUACAACAACCUGGGAACUGUUUACAGUGACCUUAAUCAGCACAAUCAGGCUAAAGAAUACCAUCAGAAAUCUCUUGCCAUCAGUAAAGAGAUUUAUGGUGAACACCAUGGUGCCGUAGCGAGAAGUUACAACAACCUGGGACUUGUUUACAGUCACCUUGGUCAGUAUAAUCAGGCUAAAGAAUACUAUGAGAAGUCUCUUGCCAUCAAUAAAGAGAUUUAUGGUGGACUCAAUGGUGACGUAGCGACAAGUUACAACAACCUGGCAACUGUUUACAGUGAACUUAAUCAGCACAAUCAGGCGAAAGAAUCCUAUGAGAAGUCUCUUGCCAUCAGAAAAGAGAUUUAUGGUGAACACCAUGGUCAGGUAGCGGCAAGUUACAACAACCUGGGAACUGUUUACAGUCACCUUGGUCAGUAUAAUCAGGCUAGACAAUACUAUCAGAAGUCUCUUGCCAUCAAUAAAGAGAUUUAUGGCGACCACAAUGGUGACGUAGCGACAAGUUACAACAACCUGGGAACUGUUUACAGUGACCUUGGUCAGUACAAUCAGGCUAAAAAAUACUUUGAGAAGUCUCUUGCCAUCAGAAAAGAGAUUUAUGGUGAACACCAUGGUGACGUAGCGACAAGUUACAAUCACCUGGGAACUGUUUACAGUGACCUUGGUCAGUACAAUCAGGCUAAGGAAUACUAUGAGAAGUCUCUUGGCAUCAGAAACGAGAUUUAUGGUGAACACCAUGACAACGUAGCGACAAGUUACAACAACCUGGGAACUGUUUACAGUGACCUUGGUCAGUACAAUGAGGCUAAAGAAUACUAUGAGAAGUCUCUUGCCAUCAGAAAAGAGAUUUAUGGUGAACACCAUGGUGACGUAGCGACAAGUUACAACAACCUGGGAACCGUUUACAGUCACCUUGGUCAGUACUAUCAAGCUAAAGAAUACCAUGAGAAGUCUCUUGCUAUUAAAAAAGAGAUUUAUGGUGAACACCACUGUGCCGUAGCGACAAGUUACAACAACCUGGGAACUGUUUACAGUGACCUUAAUCAGCACAAUCAGGCUAAAGAAUACCAUGAGAAGUCUCUAACCAUCAGUAAAGAGAUUUAUGGUGAACACCAUGGUAGCGUAGCGACAAGUUACAACAACCUGGGAACUGUUUACAGUGACCUUGGUCAGUAUAAUCAGGCUAAGGAAGACUAUGAGAAGUCUCUUGCCAUCAACAAAGAGAUUUAUGGUGAACACAAUGGCGACGUGGCGACAAGUUACAACAACCUGGCAACUGUUUACAGUGAGCUUAAUCAGCACAAGCAGGCUAAAAAAUACUAUGAGCAGUCUCUUGUAAUCAGAAAAGAGAUAUAUGGUGAACACCAUGGUCAGGUCGCGGCAAGUUACAACAGCCUGGGAACUGUUUACAGUGACCUUGGUCAGUAUAAUCAGGCUAAAGAAUACUAUGAGAAGUCUCUUGUCAUCAGAAAAGAGAUUUAUGGUGAACACCAUGGUCAGGUCGCGGCAAGUUACAACAGCCUGGGAACUGUUUACAGUGCCCUUGGUCAGUACAAUCAGGCUAAAGAAUACUACGAGAAGUCUCUUGCCAUCAGGAAGGAGAUUUAUGGUGAACACCAUGACAACGUAGCGACAAGUUACAACAACCUGGGAACUGUUUACAGUGACCUUGGUCAGUACAACCAGGCUAAAGAAUACUAUGAGAAGUCUCUUGCCAUCAGAAAAGAGAUUUAUGGUGAACACCAUGGUGACGUAGCGACAAGUUUCAACAACCUGGGAACCGUUUACAGUCACCUUGAUCAGUACAAUCAGGCUAAACAAUACUACGAGAAGUCUCUGGCCAUCAGAAAAGAGAUUUACGGUGAACACCAUGGUGACGUAGCGACAAGUUACAACCACCUGGGAACUGUUUACAGUGACUUUGGUCAGUACAAUCAAGCUAAAGAAUACUAUGAGAAGUCUCUUGCCAUCAGAAAAGAGAUUUAUGGUGAACACCAUGGUGACGUAGCGACAAGUUACAGCAACCUGGGAACUGUUUUCAGUCGCCUUGGUCAGUACAAUCAGGCUAAAGAAUACCAUGAGAAGUCUCUUGCCACUAGAAAAGAGAUUUAUGGUGAACAACAUUGUGCCGUAGCGAGAAGUUACAAUAACCUGGGAACUGUUUGCAGUGACCUUGGUCAGUACAAUGAGGCUAAAGAAUACUAUGAGAAGUCUCUUGCCAUCAGAAAAGAGAUUUAUGAUGAACACCAUGGUGACCUAGCGACAAGUUACAGCAACCUGGGAACUGUUUACAGUGACCUUGGUCAGUACAAUCAGGCUAAAGAAUACUAUGAGAAGUCUCUUGCUAUUAGAAAAGAGAAUUAUGGUGAGCACCAUGGUGCCGUACCGAGAAGUUACAACAACCUGGGAACUGUUUACGGUCACCUUGGUCAGUACAAUCGGGCUAAAAAAUACCAUGAGAAGUCUCUCGCCAUUAAAAAAAUUAUUUUCGGCGAGGAGCAUUUCUCUGUAGCGAAAAGUUACUUCAACCUUGGCAAUACCUAUUGCAGCGUUAAACAGUACCCUGUUUCUCAAGAAUGCUAUGAAAAGGCUCUGAACAUUUAUAAAACGUUGUAUGGCGAGCAGCAUGCUGCUGUGAAAAGAACUUUCAACAACUUAAGAUUCGUUAAAAGGAAACAAAGACAACUUAAUCAAACUCGUAACAAAUGUUGCAUUGUGUAA